AUGGAAGCUGGACAUGAACGGGCUGUCACCUCGCCAAAGUCGCAGCUGCUGGCGAACACAGUUCUUGUCUGGUGCUUCGAGGGCGCCAUGAAGCAAGAUACUCACGAGCAGCGUGUUAUGCUGCGGGGCAUCGCUGAGAGCUAUGGCUGGAAGUGCUUCUUCUGCAAGAAAGCGGCGACCUUCCUCAGGUGGCUGGAGGGAAGGUCGGACUCGUCGGUCGUGCUCAUCGCGGACUGGAGGGAAGUGAAGCCCAUCUCGGAGGGGAUCCCGCUCGAGCAGCAGACAGAUGUCCACAUCUACAUCUCGCCGCGAUGCGAGAAGGCCUACCUCAACGCGAAGAGCUGGGUCCAGGGGCAGACCAGGUUCAAGCAGAUCUCCCUUCUUGCGGACCUUUCUCAGAAUUCUGUGGCUGAACUAGCCUGGCGUUGUUUUUCGAUGGGCGCGGGCGCGCAUGAAGAAGGCCCACGAAAGCCAGAUUGGACAGUUGCUGUGGAGAAGGAGCCGAUGUAUCAGUCCGAGCAGAUCAAUGGCAAGCCGUUUGACAUACCGGGGCUAUCUUGCGAGACAAUUGCUGCGGAGAAUGUGCCGUUGUAUCACUAUGAGCAGAUCAAUGACAAGCCCUUGGAGAUAUCUGGGCUAUCUUGCGAGACAAUUGCUGCGGAGAAUGUGCCGUUGUAUCACUGUGAGCAGAUCAAUGGCAAGCCCUUGGACAUAUCUUGGCUAUCUUACGGAAGCCUUGUCAAGCUGCUGCAGAAUCCCCAGAUGGCCGCUGUGGUCGAACAAGUCUUGAAGCAGGUGAUGCGCGAAACCCGCAACGAGCCCUAUGAAGACUGA